UUCGAACCUGAACAAUUGUGAGAAAUAAAGAUGAAUUUCUCAUGCGAGAAGAUGGCAUGCAGCUUCUGACAUUUAUAUCCUGUCUAGUACAACGUUAACGCUAUUGCCAUAAUAGAGGACCACUUUAUUUUUAGCUCUACAAAGUGUAGCGACUGACCUUCGGGCGGCUAUCAAAACUGCAUGCAAGAACGAUCAAAGCGCUAUCUUUUUUCUUAUACGUGUAUGAUUUUACAACUAGUACUGACAUAGGAACUUCACACUAUCAAGAACACGAGUCUACGAUACUUACAAACUCCAACGCACUUCGGGCGACUGCGUUUGGAAAGUGUGAAAUCUCGCCGGAACAACCGAAUCGGCACGCUUUGGCAAGUAGACAAAUUUCGAAAAAUCGACUUUCGAAUUUCGCGCGUGUCUAUUUUAUCCAGAAGAGAUGUUGACAUUAAUCAUGCCUCGCGUUAUUUUUAGAAGAGAUUGCGAGAAAAUGAAGGACAGGACCCCUCCUGUAAUUCGCGUAGUCCACCUCCAGAUGGGGAAUUUUCGCGCAUUGAGAUCGAAGAUCCUAGAUGCAACUGCCUCCGGAUCAUCGGAUGACAAGGAAAAAAAUGCCGACGCUUCAUCCUACUUGACAGACAGUUGGUUAUUUCGGCCAGAAUCCGACGUCGAGGAUUUCCAGCUCUUGCAAGAUCUCCGCAUGAGAAAAGAACUCGACUUCGAACCUGAACAAUUGUGAGAAAUAAAGAUGAAUUUCUCAUGCGAGAAAAGAACUCGACUUCGAACCUGAACAAUUGUGAGA